AUCCCUUUUUUAAUCUGUAAAGAGUGUGAAGGCGAUUGUCAAAAGUGAAUUAUUUGUGGUUAUUUUUUUGUAAACACAAAAAUAGGAGAAUAAUUCUUUUAUAACUGUUUUUGCUAAUUUUAUUUAGAAAUAUUUUAGUUAUCAAAUAAAUAUGAAACGUUGCGAAAUAUGUGGUGUAAAAUCUGGACGACAGGGGAAUAACAAAAGAAAAUUCUUGUCAAAAUUCCCUCUAAACGAAGCUCGAUGUAGAGAAUGGGUUAAAGCGACAGGCAAUGAAGAUUUGAUCUACAUACCAAUUGAAAAACUUCAUGAAUUGAAAUAUGUUUGUGAUAACCAUUUUAAAAUUGAAGAUUUUAAUAAAAAAAGAUCUCGAAUAAAGAAUAAUGCAGUACCAACACAAAAUCUUUGGUCUGAGCCAAUGCCAGACGAAAUGUUAAAGGAUUUUCCACUACAUGUAGCUGGAGAUAAACUAAAACCAAAAAAUAGUAAAAAAACUCAUAUCUCAUUCUUAGAAUCGGUACCUAUAGCAUCACUUAAGGACCAUGACUAUAAUUUAACAGGCUCAGUAUUAAACCCGAAACCUACAACAUCAAUAUCCACUUCAGCUUCUACUGUAAACCAAAAUGCAAGUCCAAGUAGAAAACGAAUUUCUACAACUACCAACUCUCCAAAUAGUGUUCACAUCAAAAACAUUCCAAACUCAAAUCUGCUAAAAACCUUGCUUACUUCAAAUUCUAACAACAGUCAAGUUUCAGAAAAUGUGUCGGACGAUAUACCAACACCAUCAGGAUCAAAUACAAACAUUGACGAUGAAAGUGCUCCAACACCAGCAAAAAUCGUAAAGCUACAAGAAAAAUUAGACACACUUAAAAGUGAAUACAAAAUUCUAAAGAAAAAAGAUGACAUGAUCAAAAAUAUAUCUUCACCUACAUUUCAAUGA